CAAUUAUUAAAUAAAUAUUCUUAAAAAAUAAAAAAAUGACAGAGUUUCGAUCAGAUGAGCAUAGUGGUAUACAAGAAAUUGAUGAAAAAAAUAAAUUGAUAAACGAAAACGAACGAUUAAAUUUUUUAGAGAGAGAGGUAUGUAAGCUACGUACCGAUGUUGAUAAAAUAAAGUGGGAACAAGCAGUAACAGAAGCAUUAAUAGGUCGGGCGAUUAUCCGUGGAUCAGCGUCAUUAGCCGACUGUUAUGGAUUUUUAUUACCACAAGAUAUUCUUCGGAACAAUAAAAAUAUGAUGGUUCAAGAUUUGAAACAGGAUAAUAAAUUAAAUAAGAAAGGUUUAAUAUCAAAUCAAGAAACAACAACGUCAAAGCUAAACAAAUCUUGUGACCCAUGUCCGGUAAAAAAUAAAAAUAACAACAAUAAUAAUCACAACAAAGAAGAUGAAUUUUUUACAUUUGGAUAAAUAAACUAUUUAUUGUUAAUUAACUGUCGAUAAAGUAUACACUCGAGACGUGUAAUUAAAUUUAAUAAUAAAAAUAUAAUAAAUUUUUAGCAUUUAUCAAAGAUAUUAUGUAUGUGUGAGUGUAUGUGGGUGUAUAAGGGAUAUUUAUUGAACAUGCAAUUAUUUUCGAUAGCGAGUUAAUUAAUAGACGUUAAAUAUUGUACGAU